AUGUCCGCCGGAGCGUCCAAAGAGGAGCAGCUCAAAGAGCUGCUCUUUCUGCGAUGGGAGCAGCUGCAGCGGAGCAGCGCCGAGCAGCUGCAAGCGGAGCUGAAGGAGAUCCUGGGCUGCAGCAACCAUCAGACCUGCAUGAAGGAAGCUGUCCUGCUGGAUUACUACGUCUGUGGAUGGUGGUGGGCUAAGGAGGCCAGCUUUACUCCUGCACAGGCCUCUUUCACCAUGGCUGUGCUGCACAUACUGCUGGAUAACAUCAGAGAGAAACAGAUGGGCUUAGUGGAUAACUUGGCGGAAUUUUCUAAAGCCUUGAAGCCUGCUUGCCGUUGUGUAACUCCAGAGGAAUACACCUCUUCACUUCUAGACAGUGAAGAAGCUGCAGCAUUCAUACGUUACAUCAGAAACAGUCUUUUUCAGAAAUACAGACUCUAUCAACUUCUCUUCACCACACCCAGAGGGGAGCUUCUGGCAGGCAUGGAGAGGACCACAGAGGUGUUCUGUUGUCAGGAUCCUCUCACCCCAUUGGAGCAUGGCAUUUCCACCCACCUUUACUUUCAGUAA